CACAGGAGUUGACUUCACUUCUAGUAGAGUUCUCUCAAUUUCUCCCCCUCUGGGCUCUAGGGGACCAGGACAGACAGGAAUUUGAGAAGAAAAAGGUGAAUCCAUAAGGUUCAAGAAGAAAAUGGCAUUUCUCAGAAUAAUGGUUCUGUUGUGGGCGGAUAUGCUUGCAACAUAUGUGAUGUGGAUAAUGCAGAAAUACUUAACAGAUGUUUGGAAGCUGGGAGUUACUCAUGCUGCUGGAAUCAUGAAUGUCUACACCGGCCUCACUAAAUUUCUCCCGUUAGUCUUUUUCAUCUUUGUGGAUGCUGGCCUUGGUAACUACAGGAGUCUGCUUCUCUCAAGUAUAGCCUUUUCUAUUGGUAUGGGAUUUCUGUCAAUGUCAACACCACCAGUUCUACACAAGGUCACAGGGACCUGUAAAGAUUAUGAGCCAAACUGCCUUGGUCAUACACAAAAGGCCCUAUUCUACACAGCUUUAGCAUUGAUAGCAGCUGGAUUAAGUGUACGUGUUGUCUCACUGGUUGCAUUCGCAGAGAAUCAGAUUGAAAAGAAUCCAGAUGAACCUAAAGAGAACGAGCCAAAUUGUAAAAGUAGCUCAAUGUCCUUGGAUCGCAAAGGUCAUGAUGGGAAAUUGAUAAAUAAGCCGAGCUUACGACUCCCAUCAUUCAAGGCCAAGAAGCCGAGCUUACGACUCCCAUCAUUCAUGGUCAAGAAUCCGGAGAGAGAGCAGCAGCAGCAAACUGAGAGUACUAAAAAGGCUGAAGUUGAUCUAUCACAACUUCAAUUCCAACCACUAGAAGCUAUGCUAGCCCUUGCGCAAAAAGACAGCGGAAAACUCCCUGGUGCUUGUUGUAUAUUGCUUGUUCCUGUUGUUGGUUUAAUUGCUCUACCAUAUAUAAAACCAUGGUCAAUUCGAUUUGGAAUCCCAGCAAUCUGUACAUUGGUGGCAACACUUGCAUUUGUGCAAGGUACACGUUCGUGCAACAAAGAGGAAAACAGACCCGCAGAAGGAAGUACAGUGACAGAAGUAGAGGAGACAAAAAUCAUAAUCCGCAUGAUUCCAAUUUGGAUCACCUUUGUAAUUUGUGGUGUCAUUACUUCUGUUGGAAACACAUACUUCGUAGAGCAAGCAAGCCACAUGAAUUACAAGAUUGGAAAACUAAAGUUGCCCGAUUCUGUCAUUCUGGUGUUCUAUGGAAUAUCAAAGUUACAGAUUAAGUCAAUCUACGACGCCAUUGGAAGGUACUUAAAAGGAGCACGCAAAGAAAAGUAUGCCCCCUCAAUAGGCAUUGCGCUUGCUACGAUCUUCUCAGUGUUAUGCUGCAUAACUGCUGCCGGAGUCGAAACUCGAAGGAUACAUGUGAUCAGAAGUCAUGGAUUGCUAGAUAAACCGGAUGAUAAGAUCCCUUUAAGUGCGCUUGUGCUUCUUCCACAGUAUUUUUUCCUUGCAGGUCUGGACUCGUUCUUUGAAAACAGUGUUACCCCCUUCUUGACUGAUCAGAGUCCUCCGUCGAUGAAGAAGCACCUUGUCUAUCUCAGUCCAGGAUUAUCCGGGCUAGGAACAGUCGGAAGUGUUUUAUCAGUUUAUGUUGUAGGUAAAAUUAGUGAAAGCAGAGGAAAACCGAAUUGGUUUCAGUACACAUUAAAUCAGAGUCGCUUGGAUCGCUACUAUUGGGUGCUUGCUGUCCUGAGUGCUGCAAAUUUCCUGUGGUUCGCAUUCUGGGCCAAAUUGUUCCCUCUUAGAGAACCAGGUUCAAAUGACAAGAAAGAAACUGGAAAUGAUGAAGAAAAAGCUGGAAAUGGAGAAUUGAGUGAAUCUAUUGUGGGUUUCGUUACAGAUGGAGUGUUGGCUAAUUUUACACACUCAGACAAGGCUUGAUAUAUCAUCAUUAAUCAGUAGUCCAAUAUUCUUUUUUUUUUUCUUUUUUUUUACCGUAUGAGUGAGCUUCGGGUUGCCAAAACCUGGCUCAUAAAGCCAGAUUAACAGCCCUAUAUUAUGUAAUAAGUUUGUGGUGGUAGCUGUUAAAAGGUA